UGUUAACGGCGCCGCCUAAUGACGCCUUGUGCUAGCGCGGCAACUUCGGGGGCGGUUGGCGUACUGAUGGAGCCCGAGGCCUUUCUUCGGAAGGUGCUGGUGUUGCAGGCCAGCAUGCGGGGCUUCUUGGUCCGUCGUCAGUUCCAGAGCCUUCGAGCUGAGUAUGAGGCGAUUGUCCAGGAAAUUGAGGGGGACCUGGGCACACUUCAGUGGUCUAAGGGCUGGAUUCCCAGGCCCCAAUUCCCAGAGACGGCAGGAUUUCAUUACCCCUGGAAAGCAGGGGAAAGAAUACCAAAUCCAAAGCAGGAACUAUGGAGCCACUUUCUGUGUAAAGAGUCUGAGAAAGAGACCACAUGGGAAGAGACUGUGCCGAAGAACUCAGCAAAUCCAGGAAGCCUUCCCUGCAGAGAUGACAGCUGCUGCCUUGUGGCUGAGCAGGGCAGGAAAGCCAGUGAGGAGAAGACCAGAAACGCCUCCAUCUCCAAUGUGGAGAACCCAGCCACCGGUCCAGGACUGUCCCAGAACCAGCAGGAGCUCCAGGAGCUCCAAUACCACCGAAACCACUUGGCCAUGGAACUGCUGUGGCUACAACAGGCCAUCAACAGUCGAAAGGAGUACCUCCUUCUCAAGCAAACGCUGAGAUCCCCAGAAGCAGGCCAGAUCAGAGAUAAGCCUGCCAACUUCCAGGAAGAUAUCUGUGAGAUGGCCUGGUCACAGCCAAGCUGCCUACAAGAGGACCAGUCAUAUGGAGACAGGACCACAGGACAAUCAGACCGUGCAGACUCAUGCCAGAGAGGCAAAUCAUAUAAAUCCUCUAAAAGUCUCACCACUACAGACCAAACCACUGCUGGGACUAAGACCAGGGAACAGUGCUAUAGGAAGGCUGGACCACAGCUGCCUGCAACAUCAGGUAUCCAGGCUGGAGAGGACAGAUUCACCAAAGGGCCAGACCAUGGAGAGCAGACCUUUAAAAGAACUUGCUUGCGGCAGAUCAAACACCUGGAGGACCAGACCCCUGGGGGCAUCAAGCCUAGGAGCCCUUGUUCUGGGAAGGCCAAGACGCCCAUACUUUGUGAGGAUCUAAAUACUGAGAACAGAUCUCCCAGAAAGCCAAACUAUGGAAGAAGUUGAUUGCAAAGAGCCAGCCCACUCAAUUUGAGCAUCUUGGAGGGCCAUGUGAUAUGGGAUGGGACUUUGGCAGGGCUGGAACAUGGUAGUGUGGAUCAAACUAAACUCCCCAAAGGCCAGACCCCUAGUGAUAGAGGUUCCAGCCAUGGAACCUCCAGUGAGCUUAGUCAAGAAGGAUGGGAAAGCCAGAGAACUGUUCCAUGGAGAUAAAGUGCUCCACAGGACAGGACCAGUGAAGGUUCAGGUCAUGGAAAGCCGGACCAUCAGGCAAGCCCUGGGGAGUCAGGAGAGGAACAGAUUCCCAAAGGGGAGGUGAUGAGGAAGGUAGGCCCUUGUCCUGGCUCCUUGGUGCCACCUCUACCGCUUGUGCUUGCCCUGGCCAUUGGUAACUGGUAGGGCCAGGAGAAGCUGCAUCAUACAGCUGGCAUGGGUUCAGCGAGAUGAUGAGGACACCCUUUCAGCUUCUGCCUGUAGCUUAAUUCAGAUUUCAUGUUAAGUUGUCUAGGGACAAUAAGAUGGGAAGACUGGAGGAGAAUAAAGUUUUUCUUGAGUUCUAA